GCCCCGCUCCUCCCCGAGCCGCUACAACCGCUACCCGGCAAGAAGCGCUCCGCUCCGGCGUGUGGAGCCGCCGUCCAGGUGGGUGAAUGAACCGGCCGGGAGCUCCGGAUCCUCUGCGGAACCGCCGGGACCCUGCGCUCGGGUGAGGCCGGCGGCACCUGCAGCCUGAGGCGCCGCGGCUGUGGUGAUGGUGUUGGACUCGGGUGAAGUCUUAAUGGAUCAGGCUGAGGGUGAACGCGUCGGGGACCUGAUGGAGCCACACGUCCGUCCAGAUCCAGUCAAACCCGCCAGCAGCUCGGCUGCUGCAAAGUGCAGAUCAGCGGGCAAAAGCAGCAAGAAGGAGAAGACGCCCCACAACGGACUCCCGAGCCCGGCGAGCAGCGGCCAGACGGCAGAGAGGAGGUCGGCGUCCAGGCCGCCGCUCCGCCGCCCCCUCAGCCUGGAGAUGACUCCCCAGCGUCCGCGAGGCUCUCAGGAGCGCGACGGGCGGAUCCUGCAUCCUCCGUGGCGCAGCGGCUCUGCCGCUCCCUCGCCGCCGACCCGCAGCCUGACCAGCCCCAGCCUCGGAGCGGCCGGCUGGAUGCGGCGCAGCGAGAGCACCUGCUCCGUUAACUACCCGCUGGGGCUGCGGGCCAGCAAGGCCCAGAUGCGACCCGCCACCUCCCUGCCCCACAUAGCCAAAGGACUAGCGAGCUCCCACGUGCUGCCCACACCUGCCAGGCAGUGUCUGCUCGUGGCCCUCCGGCCUCUCAACCUGGAGCAGGAGAAGCAGGCCUUCUUCCAGGCGGACUACAAGUACGAGCCGCAGUUCGAGUACUCGCAGCCCGAGCCCAGGAGCGUGCUGGACAAGUACAGGGAGGGUUCAGGCCUCUUCCUGGAACAGGCUGUAGGCAUCAUGGAGUGCGUCCUGAGGAAGUUUGGUUGUUAUGAGAACUUCGAGGAGGUGACGGGUGGCACCGUUCUGCCGAAGAGUCAAGUCUGGGCUGCCGUCCGCAAGUACCUGCAGAAAGAGGGCUGCGUGGGAGAGGUGGUGGUGCGUCUGUCUGAAGAGCUGCUCUCUCAGGCGGUGAUGGUGGUGGAGAGCUGUCGUCCCACUCUGACCAUCAACCUGGCCGGAGCCCGCCAGCACUGGCUGGAGGGGAUGCUGAGGCACGAGAUCGGCACGCAUUACCUGCGAGGUGUGAACAACGGUCUGCAGCCGUGGGCCUCCGCCGACGGCAGGAAGCAGUUCAACCUGAAACCGGCCAACCCCACGGAGGAGGGCCUGGCCAGCCUGCACAGCGUGCUGCUGCGCAAGCAGCCGUACCUGUGGCGCGCCGCGCUGCUCUACUACACCGUCUACCACGCCAACAGCAUGAGCUUCAGCCGGCUCUUCGGCCACAUCGCUCGCUUCGUCCAGGACCCGGACGUCCGCUGGGAGUACUGUCUGAGAGCCAAGAGAGGACAGACGGACACGUCGCAGCCCGGCUGCUUCAGCAAAGAUCAGGUCUACCUGGACGGGAUCCUGCGGAUUCUCCGGCAUCGAAGGAACAUCGACUUCAAAAUGUUAACUUCUUUAGGAAAGGUGUCUUUCGAAGACGUGGAGAGGCUGCGUCCUUUCGCGGCGCUCCAGCGGACCAGAAUCCCACACUUCAUGCGAGACCCGGAGCGGUACCUGCAGCACCUGGACCACAUCGUCGCCGUCAACGAGCUGGACGACUCGAUUCUGGAGGAGCUGCUGCCCUGAGCGCCGCCGAGCAGGAGGAUGCCGGUACCGACGGUCAUCGGGUGCACCACCUUUUAUCGAGCAUUUUUAUUCUCGUGAAACUUGAAUGAUACGAACAAAAGGGACGUACCGUAACCCCAUCUUCAUUUCACUUCUGUCCCAUGCAUGUUUGUGUCGCUGUUAGACGGCGCCGUCACUCCCUCUAUGGAGUUACCUCAAUACUGACACUGUAGUAUGUAACCAACACUAUACAUGUAGACUCACACAUAAUCAGUUUGAAACUCAUAAUCACUCGCUUUAUUUAUGCAAUUAUUUAAGUCUUUGUUGUUGUUUUGUUUUGUUUUUUUUUUACUUUGCGAGAACCAACUGAAUGUCUCUGGUAUUAGCUUUAUCUUUUUUCUUUUUUUAUUUGAACAAAAGUUGUUUUAUGCCUUAGAUGUUUUGCAUUUUGAAAAAGACACCAAGGACGCAACAUUUCUAAACGCGGGGGAAGCGGCAGCUGAGGCCACGAAUCCUUAAAACGUCAAGUGCCAGCGGCUUCAGCCAGUGUUUUGAAACUUCCCCUCACAUAUCAGUGUUACCAUGAGAUGAAUCAGCUGUGUUGUCUUAACGGCGUCCUUGGUGGACUUUCCAGUACCGAUGCGUUUUAUCGUGAUGUGACCCGUCCUCGAGCUCACCUGCUGCAAAACAACCAAACCUUUUAUUUGCUAAUCAAAGAGAAUAGUUCAACAUUUUAGGAUUGUUUCCCUACUGGUAUUAAGUCGUGAUGUCUCCCAGGAGCGAUUAACACAGAGAAGGAACAGCCAGAGUAUCUGGUUGUGUCUGAACCAGUGAGUCCACCGGCUGGUUGAACUUUUCAGACGGAACUGCCGUCAUUUUGCUGGCGCCGUUUAUUCAGUCAUCGCGGUUGCAGAGAUAAACGUAGCAGAUCCCCGCUGGCCUUUGUCCUUACAUUUUAAUCUUUUAAGAUCAAAUAAAAAAAGCCACUAUAUUGUUAGUUUUAUGCUGCUUUUUUCCACUGCGCUGCACUAAAGUUGUCACGAAUCACCAGAUUUAAAAAGCACUGCCAUCAAAAAUGUAUCAGAUCUUCUUUACUUUAUGCAGGACAGUAACUCUCCAACUCCGCAGUCUUUAGGACUAUAAACAUUAAAAUUUUCAUUCUGACGAUCAUUUAAUUGUCAAUCUUAAGACAACUAAUAUGAGAAUAGAUUACGAGUGAGACGUCCUGCUGCUGUACGGGCAACACACCGUCAACUUGGUGGAUAAAAGACGGUUAUGUUGACAACAUAAAUGAUAAAUCUGUAGGUGUCAUAAAUGUAUGAUUAAUAACUGGAACGAUGAGACUGCUGUCAGAUGAAAACCGCCGUCCGGACAAACCUUUGAUGCACGACCGGGAAGAGCAAUAAACUUCAGCGUGUAAUCGUGUGGUUUUAUAGCUGUUAGAUGCAUAUUCCAUCUGACACCAGUGUUAACAAACAUCACGCACUUUAAAUGGGGAUGGACCUGUUGCAUUUUUGGUUUUGCUUCGGAGUUAUUUGAUUUUGAAUAUUGGCCAGUACAGAGUCCCGAAACAAAUACUUUGACAAUCCACAAAAAAAGGAGAAAGAAACCGCUCAUGUCCGGUUCGUCCAAACAAUUCCCAAACUGUAAAUGGUAAAAUCUGCAUUGGCUGAAAAAAUGCAGAGGAGCCGCUUCAAGUUUGAUUUCUCCACGUUUGGACGACGAAAACCGCUAAGAAACCGCUCUUAACCGCUAAAAACGUUAAGGUUAAUUAACUUUGACAGAUUUUUUCAGUCUGUGACAGUGGUCACAUUUAUCUUCAUAUUAGUAUCGCUGUUACAUAAAACUUGCCAACAGUGGAAGGAAGCAGCUGAAAAUAUGUUAUCUGUUAUCUUACAGUCUAACUUUUAUUUGGCCUCUCACUUGUGGGAGCUUAAUUGACCUUUCACUAAGCCCUGCCCCCUUUAGUUACUAUCUGACGGCAUUGUUAAGAGUUUCCAUACGGGUAAAACUAAAAGAAUAUGUCAUACCUGUAUGUGGAGGGAUAUGUAUGAAAAUAAAAAAUAGAAACUGUCGGUAUUUGGGUUAGAAGCGAGGGUUCAGAGAUCAUCAGUACAAGCAGAACUUCAUCUCACUGUCGUCAUGAUCACAUGAUGACAACAUCCAGGAUCAACCCUGUUCAUGUUCCGCAGGAUAAGAUUUACUUAAUUUACUUUCAAUUAGUUACAUUUGGAAAGAUGGAACUUCAGAGCUACCACGUUCCCGAAUCUUGCAGAACAUGCAGUCAUUAUUGUGUAGGACGCAGGAAUCUGCAGCACCACCAAAAGCUUUGUGCGUUCUUCAAGUUCACUUUUCUCACAGCAUGUGAUAAAAACUGAGAAUCUCCAGAUUCAAUUUUAUUUAUUUAGCGUCUACUACAAUACAAGUUGUCUCUAGGUGCCUUCCAGAGACCCAGAACAUGAACUCCCGAGCAAUUAUUACCGGUACAUAAACAGUGGCAGGUAAAAACUCCCCUAUUGGGAGGAAAACCUUAAACCAAGCAGUGGCAAGAAAACGGGAAGAAGGAAGAGGGAAGACACCUUGAGCAGGACCUGGAUCAUAAAGGGGAACCUCCUGCUGAAGACCAGCUGGGCAGAGCAGGAAAAGAGAAUACAGACAGAGAGAAUGAAGAACAGAGAAAGGAGAGACACAGAGACAAUGGUUAGUUGGUGCACUGCAGAGAUGACUAUAUAACUAGAUGUAGACAGCAGACACUGUUCGGGGGGGGGUCAGGGUGCAGGCCAGGAUGUCAGCAGCAUCUACCAGACAUCUAUAAAGACAGGUGGAAGCGGUUGCAGGUGAGGAUGCAGCUCCUGAAGCUCUGGCCUGCAGACAUGCACAGAAAAGAAAAGGAGGGGACAGACCAGCGCAACAAACUACAAGAACAAUGGAGAACAAUUAUGGUUAUGAGAUACUUUUAAUUAAUAUCGGGCGUUGAUCUGAGGAAAGGAAAGAGAAGGAAGUGGAGAGAAAAAGGGUUGAGGGGCACCGCCCAGUGGAUCAUGGUGGUGUCCCCCUGAAACGUAGGCUUAUAGCAGCAUAUCUAGGAUGAAGCUAUAAGACGAGCUGCUCUUGUCUUGUUUAUGUAAUAAUUGCUCGGGGGUCAUGUUCUGGGUCUCUGGAAAGAUCCUACAGACAACUUUUAUUGUAAUAGAUACUAUAUAAAUAACAUUUAAUUUUAUUGAAUUAUAGCUGCAGCUAUGACGACUGGCCCUUAAGACAUACCUGAUGUUUGGCUAAGGUUUUCUGUUUCAUCUGGCCUCAUAAACGAAUACAGUUGCGUAUCAUCAACAUAGCAAUGAAAAAUUAAUUCUUGAUUAUACUUCCCAACGGCUGCAUGUAUAAACUGAACAAGAUUGGCCCUUGCACUGAACCCUGCGGAACACCAUAGCAGACCCUUGACUGUUCUGAAGAAACCUCAUGUACAUGAACAAACUGGAACCUGUCAGAUAGAUAUGAUUUAACCAACGCAGAGCUGUCCCUUUAAUCCCAACAACAUGCUCUAACCUGUGCAGUAAAAUGCUGAUCUACAGUGUCAAAAGCAGCACUGAGGUCCAGUAGAACCAGUAUGGAAACUAAUCCCUUAUCUGAGGCCAUAAGGAGGUAAUUCGUGACUCAAACCAGUGCCGACUCUGUGCUAUGAUGCAUUCUGAAACCUAACUGAAAAACUUCAAAUAGAUCAUUUCUAGACAGAUGGUUGAAUGACUGGCUCGCAGCCACCUUUGAUUAGAUGAUUCUAAUCUAGAGACUAUAGACAAACAGGAGAAGUUCAAAGGCCUUAAAACUUUUCUCUUGUUCAUUUGGUUCAGGUACAAAAAACGACUUAAUUCUAUGUUCAUAGAUAAAAAACGAUUUAAAGAGGAAAGUUUGGAGAGUGCUGUGAUCUAAGGCGUCUGGUGAACUGUACCUGUUUGUUACUGUGGACAUGAGUUUGGACGUCUCACGUUUUAAAAGUGAAAUAUCAACAUUACGGCAAUCAAAUUCCUUUUCAAGAAGGACUUGAUCGGACCCGGGGCAACUUUAUUCAACUUCACACUGCUUUCCAAUUAGAUGUUUGUUAAAUGAACAAAUGUAACACAAUUUACGUGUAGGGACAGUGUUUCUUCAAAAGAAAACGUUCUGCGACGAAGUCGUGCCAAACAGUUACAGUUCUAACAGUGAUUUGACAUCAGUGAAAUCUGUGAGAAAGUAAAACCUCUCCCAAAUGUUGAACUAUGUCUCCAUUAAAUAAAGUGCCGAAGCGGCGACUUUGACGCUUCCCUAGGGCUCUCUGUGGCGCAGCCGACCUUAGCCGGUCACCGUAGCUCUUCAUCCAGGCGCUGGACGGGGAGCAGGCAGGGUGUUGUGGGCGUGCCUUCGAUGGGCCGAGAGCUCAUCUGCUGUAGCUAGCUAGUGUGUUUGUAGGCGGCUUUAUAUUUGUUUUACGAUAAGAGUUCAGAUGUCAAGUCAGGGCAUUCAUUUUGGGCCAAGCUGCCUGAGCAGAACCGGACAGAACCGGCACACUGGUAGAACCAGGUGACAGAGAAAAGGCUGUGCAUCACAGCGAGCCCAGCGGGGCCUCGUUUUUAACUUAAAAAGCCACUUAAUCAAAAUGUGAACUCUGUAACUGUGAUGCUUUUUAAAUACGUGGAUUUGAAGAGUCACAUGAAAUUGAAACUUGUUCUGCUGUGUUUACAAUUUUAGCACCUGAAGCAGAUAACAUUUUAAAUUUGAGCAGGUCGUCCGGUUUCCCGGUUUCUCCUAAACGAAUGCACCUGUUUCUAAUGCACGAAUAAUGCACAAGUGUUUUGUGUUCUGGAAAACGUCUUAAAUUUCCAAUUUAUUUAUUAAAACAAAUACACACAUACUUAAUGAGCUCUGUGGUCUGUUUCAUGUUGCAACCAACCUGAGAAUGUUUAUGCUGGUGGUCGCGGCACACGGGAACCUUGAUGUGGAAGAGUGUGAACGGUGCGUGGCGGCUGCACCGGGACAAUCGGCCCAAUCUAAAGGAAGCGUCCAGUAUUUUCUUUAACAUACACAAAGUGAGCAGUGGUUGUUAUGCUGCGUUUAUUUCAUGUUGGAUGAAGUUCCAACGUUGGCAUAGUUCAUGCCUCCAGCAGAGACACAAAAACACACUCAUUUCAGCACCAUGGAUAGCAACUUAGCCUGAUUACAGGUACCAAAAAGAUGAAAC